AAGGCCUUCGAUCAAUCAUCACAUCUUAUUAUGCACAGGAGAAUUCAUACAGGAGAGAAACCUCAUGAAUGUCAGACAUGUGGGAACGCCUUUAUUCACACCUCUAGUCUUAAGAGACAUAUGAAAACUCAUAGUGGAGAGAAGCCUUAUAUAUGUCAGGAGUGUGGUAAUGCCUUUACUCAAUCCUCAGGCCUCAGUAUACAUAGGAGAAUUCACACUGGAGAGAAACCGUAUAUAUGUAAAGAAUGUGAGAAGACUUUUGCUGUAGCCUCAAGUCUUAGUGUACAUAGAAUUCACACUGGAGAGAAACCGUAUAUAUGUAAGGAAUGUGGAAAGACCUUUACUAGAGCCUCAAAACUUACUGUACAUAGAAGAAUUCACACUGGAGAGAAACCGUAUAUAUGUAAGGAAUGUGGGAAGCAGUUUGCUGAAUCCGCAAGACUUAGUGUACAUAGGAGAAUUCACACUGGAGAGAAACCGUAUAUAUGUAAGGAAUGUGGAAAGACCUUUACUAGAGCCUCAAAUCUUACUGUACAUAGAAGAAUUCACACUGGAGAGAAACCGUAUAUAUGUAAGGAAUGUGGGAAGGCCUUUUCUACAGCCUCAAGACUUAGUCUACAUAGGAAAAUUCACACAGGAGAGAAACCAUAUAUAUGUAAGGAAUGUGGAAAGGCCUUUGCUGUAGCCUCAAGACUUAGUGAACAUAGGAAAAUUCACACUGGAGUUAGACCAUAUAUAUGUAAGGAAUGUGGGAAGUCCUUUGCUGAUGCCUCAAGCCUUAGGGUACAUAGGAGAGUUCACACUGGAGAGAAACCUUAUAUAUGUAAGGAAUGUGGCAAGGCCUUUGCUCUAGCCUCAAAACUUAGUGUACAUAGGAAAAUCCACACUGGAGUGAAACCAUAUAUAUGUAAGGAAUGUGGGAAGUCCUUUGCUGAUGCCUCAAGCCUUAGGGCACAUAGGAGAGUUCACACUGGAGAGAAACCUUAUAUAUGUAAGGAAUGUGGGAAGGCCUUUGCUACAUCCUCAAAACUUACUGUACAUAGGAGAAUUCACACUGGAGAGAAACCGUAUAUAUGUAAGGAAUGUGGAAAGGCCUUUGCUGAAGCCUCAACCCUUCGUGUACAUAGGAGAAUUCACACUGGAGAGAAACCGUAUAUAUGUAAGGAAUGUGGGAAGGCCUUUACUACAUCCUCAAAACUUACUCUACAUAGGAGAAUUCACACUGGAGAGAAACCGUAUAUAUGUAAGGAAUGUGGGAAGGCCUUUGCUGGACCCUCAACACUUUGUGAACAUAGGAAAAUUCACACUGGAGAGAAACCAUAUAUAUGUAAGGAAUGUGGGAAGGCCUUUGCUGUAGCCUCAAGACUUACUGCACAUAUGAAAAUUCAUCUCAGAGGGAAACCUCAUCAGUGUCAGACAUGUGGGAAGGCAUUCACACGGUUCUCUUCCCUUACUCUACACAUGAGAAUUCAUAAUGGAGAUAAGUCUUAGAUAUGUCUGGAAUGCGGAAAGGCC